UCAUACCUACAUAUACUCGUACAUCGUCGUAAUUCGUAUGUGCUCCGUACUCGUACGAACGUAACCACGUAUCCAUCUACGUAAGGUACGUACGUUACGUACUGUACGACGUCGAGUCGCCCGUCGCCCCCUCCCUGCCCCCCUGCGUUCGAGUCUCGAGUCGCGUCGCGUCGCUUCGAUAUUAAUUGCACGCAGUUAUUGCCGCUAUUCGAGCACAAGGCACGACUGACGAGACGACCGUCGACCGCUCACAAGUGUAGCGUUCACCGUUCACGUUCGACGUAGACGUAUCAGUAUAGGACGUAGGUACCACGUUGCCCAGGUCUACUUACGUUUUCCUUAUCGUUUUUCGGCCUUUUCCUCAAAUCGUCGUAGUUUUCACGUGCGUUUUGCGUCGUCGUAUUUCGUAUUUUUAUUUUCCUCAAAUUUUCGUUCGAAAUCGAAAAUUUUUCACCCUUCAGUUCGUCUCGACGUAAGGGUUGUAAUCCGCAGCCUGCACUCAGGUGCACAAGCCACAAGUGUAGUGCGACAAAGUCGCCGGUGUCGCGUGUGCUGUGCCAGUAUAAAAAUAGUGUUCGUAUCGGUGAUUCAACUGUGCUAGUGUUGUGAUGUAGUACAAGUGUCGCCGAGGGUUUUUCAUCAAUUUUCCCAGCCUUCUACGUUGUCGCAGCAGGGCGAAAAUUGCCCAUCAAUAAGAUCUUCAUUUCGUAUAGUUUCUGAAAAGUGUCUACCUACUCUAAUUCGAGUAGAGUAAAUUGUGUAAAUUGUGUGUCGGUGUUGUGCUCGUGUAUGUGUUCGAUUGUCACCUGCCUUACCUGCGAUACCGGUGUAUGGAAUGGUUUUUGGUAUAUUGUAACCAGUUGGCGCGGAUUACACGAGAGCGUUCGAAGCUCGAUAUAGUCGAUUAAACGAUGAAAUAAUCAGCCGCGAGAUCAUUCUGCUUAACGAUGUGAUAAGUUGUUGCGGCAUGCAGUGGUAACUUCAAAUUCGAGAGCAACAUACGACAUAGUUACCUAGUAGAGUAUACCUACGUAGACUUAUCUGUACCUCGACGAAGAGAUAUCCGUCUAUGAUAAUUGGGACAAAUUCGAAUUUCGCGAACACGUCGAACACACCACUUGGAUGUCUCCUUGCAGCCGUGACAGACCGGUCAUCUCGCCUUUGCUAUAUGCCAGCCUGUCUGUCGACAAGUCAUCGAAUUCGUCGUCGACAAAUUCGUCAUCAACCACGGCGCCAUUUUUAGCGACCGCCGCUGCGGUAGCGUCCGAUGAAACGGCCGCUAAUUUAUCCUUAGCCAGGAGGUUUUUUCGAUGGCUAGCCAAGUGGUUGCAAAAAGGAAUGGGAAAACAAGCCGGCGUAUUGGAGAUGACAGGAUGUGAAAGUACUAUCAGAUUUAGCGGUCAUACAUUAGAUAAAGCUACCAAAGCCAAAGUUAUUUUGGAAAAUUAUUAUAGUAAUUUAGUAACGCAGCAUUUAGAACGUAAACAAAGGUUAGCCAAAUUAGAAGAAUCGUUGAAAGAUGAAAGCCUAUCAGAAACGGAAAAGGAGGAGAAAAGGCAGCAGCACGCACAAAAAGAAACUGAGUUCCUAAGAUUAAAACGAUCCAGACUGGGAGUCGAUGAUUUUGAACCACUCAAAGUCAUAGGCAGAGGAGCGUUCGGCGAAGUUAGAUUAGUCCAAAAGAAAGAUACCGGACAUGUUUACGCUAUGAAAAUUUUAAGAAAGGCCGAUAUGCUGGAGAAAGAGCAAAUAGCCCAUGUACGAGCCGAAAGAGAUGUUUUAGUCGAAGCCGAUCACCAAUGGGUGGUCAAAAUGUAUUAUAGUUUUCAGGAUCCAAUUAAUUUAUAUUUGAUAAUGGAAUUUUUACCCGGUGGCGAUAUGAUGACGUUGCUAAUGAAGAAAGAUACGCUAAGUGAAGAAUGUACACAGUUUUAUAUCGCCGAAACUGCUCUAGCUAUAGAUUCGAUACAUAAAUUAGGAUUUAUUCACAGGGAUAUCAAACCAGACAAUUUAUUAUUGGAUGCUCGGGGCCAUAUAAAGCUAUCGGAUUUCGGUCUUUGUACCGGAUUGAAGAAGUCUCAUCGAACUGAUUUUUACAGAGAUCUCAGUCAAGCGAAACCGUCGGAUUUUAGUUCGACAGCCAGCAGCCUAAUGGAUAGUAAAAGACGAGCGGAGAGCUGGAAGAAAAAUAGAAGAGCUUUGGCGUACAGCACGGUCGGUACGCCCGAUUAUAUCGCUCCCGAAGUAUUCCUACAAACUGGUUACGGACCGGCUUGCGAUUGGUGGAGUUUGGGCGUCAUUAUGUACGAAAUGUUGAUAGGUUAUCCGCCAUUUUGCAGUGAAAAUCCUCAAGAAACGUAUCGCAAAGUGAUGAACUGGCGCGAAACGCUUACCUUCCCGCCGGAAAUUCCAAUUAGCGAAGAAGCCAAAGAAGUAACCAUGAGGUUCUGCGCCGAAUGUGAUCGACGUCUGGGCAGUAUGAAAGGAGUCGACGAUUUAAAAGGCCCCGGUGCUCCGGCUUUCUUCAGGGGUGUCGAUUGGGAGCAUAUACGCGAACGUCCUGCUGCCAUUCCGGUGCAGGUCAAGUCUAUCGAUGAUACGUCCAACUUCGACGAUUUCCCCGACGUCAAGCUAGAAAUACCAUCAGCGCCCAUUCCAACGGACGGCGAAGGUAACUAUAAAGACUGGGUAUUCAUAAAUUACACAUUCAAGAGAUUCGAAGGCUUAACUCAACGCGGUAUUCCCAUCAAGAAGUAAUCGACACGACGAUGAUGCGAGCGACGUAUGCAUGAUUAUAAUUAUUAUGAAAAAUUACCAUUACUACGGUCGUACCUAGACCUACCACAAUUUUACGAUUAGCGCGUAUUAUUAUAUCGAAUUAUAUACCCUCCCCCCCUCUGUACCCCACCUAGAUUUACCAAUGCUCUUUCUUUCGUCGAAAUUAUUAUAUUACAUAUAAAUAAAUUUUGUAGCUAUACCGUUAUAACUUUGAGAAUAAUUUUUAUCAGGUUUUUACGUUCGAUUACGUAAACUUUAUUUUAUUGUGUAUUACUUUUUUUUUAACUAAAAAAAAAAACACACUGAAAACUAAAUACGCGUUAAAUUGAAAAUGUAACGUGCGCGUUUUCUUUUUUCUUUUUUUCUUUCUUUUUUUUUUAAAUGAGCUUUUUGUUUAUUAUUGUUUUUUGUUUCUUUGGUUAUCGAUCUGGUCAUAUUUUUAUGAAAUUUGCACAUAUCUUCGCUACGUAGAUGAAAAGAAUAUCGGAAGACGCGACGAGACAAUAAUUUUGUUUAAACAUUUUUUUUAUCGUGUAGAUUUUGUCGCGGCGGUGUGAAAUUUUUUUUACGCCGAAUACGACGACGACGCGUGUGUUUCGGUUUAUUUUUAAUUAUUUUUUUCUUUCUUUUUUCUUUUGUUUGUUGUUUUCGUUUACUUUAUUUUUCCCCCUCGAGUUGCCCUGUUAGUGUUUUUUUUUUCUUUUUUCCUUUUUUUCUCUGUUCUUUUUAACGAGAAUAAUAUGUCGCCGUUGUUGUUUUAUUUUUUCUUGUCUCGCUGUUUUUUUUUUUCUUUUAUUUUUAUUAUUACGAUGAUUUUUUUUCCUCUGGUAGUUUUAUACAUAUUAUUGCAUAACUUUCGUUAAUUUGUACAUAUUUUUUAGAGUACAACUAGUCGCUUUGUUUUGAUGUGUAAUGUGUAUUAUACGCGGAUAUUACCAAAAUAUGAGAAUGGAGGAUGGCGAAUGGUAUCGUCGAAGGGUGGUUUACGUUUACGUUUACGUAGAGAAUCUCUAUAGAAUCGCUUUUUCUCGUCUGUCUAAUUUGAUAUUAUUUUAUUAUUAUAACAAGGCUGUGAAACGCGAGUACAAGCUAACGUGUAUUUUUAUCCCCUUCUUCGACCUUUUUUAAAGUCUGUGUCCACGAGUGGUCGUAUAACGUUAUGUGUAAAUUUUUUCCGUGUGCGUGUGCGAGCGUGUGCUUUUUUUCUUUGCUAAGGGAGGGGUGAGGAAAGAGUUACUUCGUGUAUUUUUUUCCGUUUUUUUUUCUUUUUCGAUGAGCAUUUAUGUAUUCCGUGUGUAAUCGUAACGUACCUCUGUAUUUGUAAUAUGUAUUUUUGACGUAUGUAGUGUGUAUCUUAAAUCUCGUUUACUCAGAUCUCUCUUUCUUUCUCUCUCUCUCUCUGUUAGUCCAGGGGCAAACUGUAAUAAUUUUAGGAGUGGGUGUAAAUUGCAAUUCGAGAUAGAAGUGUGAAAUUUGGUAAGAUGUGUAACGACCCAAAGAGGAAUUUUUCAAGCGAGCGAGGUAUUCGUCAAAGCCCACAAGAGGAGUACAGGAUGGAAUCUGAGGGGGGUUUACCUCCCUAAUUUUCAAUAUUUAGUCAUCUGGCUGUUCUUGGGGUUAUUUUCAUGCGAUUGAACUGCUUCGAGUUCAAAAACAUCGAUUAUUUUCGAGAUCUGAAGGGGAGGAGUGCCUCAAAUUUUAGAUUUUCCUGUAAAAAUGUCUCAAAAAUACCUCAAAAAUGCAUUUUUUUAUUUUUUUUUGGAAUUAUUGCUCUCCUUUCUUUGAACGAGAUUUUCAUAGAUUAGCCAAAAAAAAAAAACUGAAUUUUUGGGAUAUUUUUUUAGAAAAAAGACAAGAUUUUCAAUCAAAAAGUCUCAAAUUGGAGACACUCCUCCUCUUAAAAUCUUGAAAGUUACAAUAUUUUGAACUCAGCGAGGUUGAAUUAUAUGAAAGUGACCCCCAAGAACUGCCAGAUAAUCAAAUUUUGAAAAAUGGGGAACUGAACCCCAUUUUUGAAUCGUUCCAGUGCCCUUCCAAUGGAAUUUGGCGAAUUCCUGCAAUUCUUGGAAAAUUCGUGCACCAAAUUUGUUGCUUCCAUCACGAAAAUGUAGUUGACUUACAUUUUGCCACUGGACUGUGUUGUCUUUUUCCCACGUGAUGAGGAGAAAUUCUUAUAAAAAUGUGUACCAACCGUGUAGACAGACCUUUAAAGCGAUAAAUCGUAGUUAUACGUGUUAAGAGUGCAAAUGCAGAAGUAGGCGAUAUUUAGAGACGUGGUUGGAUCGUAGAAUUUAAGAUUCAAAAAUUUUUUUUAGCAAAAACCUGAGAAUGUUUUUUUAGGAGCUAGUCUUUAUUUCGAUACAGAUUGUCAUAUUCGACGUGGGUGGUUUAAAAAAAAAGAAGCAAAAUUUUGGGGCAGAAGAUGGUCGUAGUUUGUCUGUAAUAUUAUUAUUUAAAUCUUUUUCUCAGAUGCCUUACACGUAGCACUUCCACGUUGUUACAUACUUGCAUUAUAUGUACGAUAAUUCAUAUUUCAACGUGAGUCGCUGAUAUUUUCGAUUUCUUUCUUCUUGUUUUUAGUUUUUAUCGAGUGUAUUACGAGUUUAUUAUUUUAUAUAUUAUCGCUAUACAUACAAAACUAUACUCUACGUACACCUCAAAUUCGAGUAUAAUAAUCCUUAAUAUGCUCGAAUGUGUCAUGUCAGUGUAUAGGGCUCGUGUCAAGCGAAAACCAAGAACGAAAUUUUCGUGGUUAAAUUUAUUAUACGUUAAGUACAGGUGUAAGCUUGCCUUUAUAAUGGUAAAAUGUUGUUUCUAUUUUGAAAAAAUUGUCUAAUGUGUUUUACUAUAAUAUUUGUAGUAAUGUAUAAAAUUUUUCAUUUUUUUUUUCUCUUUUUCCUCUUUCUUGCAUUAUUGUUUACCAGUUACGAGUAUUUUAGGAUGUAAAAUAAAGCUGAUUGUGUUGGUUAUAACGAGUA